CCUACCCAGUCAUGCUCGAGUUUCUGGUCCCGCCUGACCAUCUGUCAGUCGUGAACCCGAAAUGCGGGAACGGAAUUAACGGAAAUUCAUAGUGCUCGGGGAAAGAACGGUACACAAGCGCAAAAUUCGUGAUACAGAAUUCAAUCGCGUGUUAAAUUUGAACUGAAUAAAAAAAAGCUAAUCAUGAAAGGCUCGUCGAAGACAAACCGGCACGAAAACGAUUUCAAUUACGCCGUGCAAGUGACUCGCGUUAUCCUGCGAAUGAUCGGCACGUGGCCGAUUCCCGGUUACGCUUCCAACGUGGAAAGAAUCGCGACCCGCUUGCAAAACGUCAUUUGCUACUUUCUGUUCGCGUUCAUCAUCGUGCCGGGUCUGCUGCGGGUAUUCCUGAAGGAACACGAGUUCAAACGUAGAGUCAGAUUGCUCGCGCCGAUCCUAAAUUGUUGGAUGGGUUGCAUGAAGUACAGCCUGCUCAUAUACCACGCGAGAGAGAUUCGAUCUUGCGUGAAGCAGGCUUGGCAGGAUUGGAUUGACGCGAUCGAUUGGAACGAUCGGCAAGCGAUGCUGUCUAAAGCGAAGGUGGGCCGGAAGUUCGCGAUCUUUUCUGCCGUCUUUAUGUACGUCGGUGGACUGUCUUACCGCACUCUCGUGCCGCUCUCAAAGGGUCGCAUGCUCACGCCGAUGAACGUCACGGUGAGAGCGUUGGCCUGCCCGAGCUAUUUUGUGAAAUUCGACGGAGAGGUUUCGCCGGCAUACGAGAUCGUCUUCACUCUACAGUUCUUCGCAGGAUUGAUCACGUAUUCGGCAAGGGUGGGCGCGGCCGGAUUGGCUGCGUUUUUCAUCAUGCACGUUUGCGGACAACUGAACGUUUUAAUCAACAAGCUGCAACGUCUCAAUGACAUGCCGCAGCCCGAUGAUCGAGCUAUCGCGAUAUUGCUAGCUGAUAUCGUGGAGCAUCAGAUAAAAAUAAAACAUUUCCUGAAACAAGUAGAAAAAACUAUGCGAUAUGUAUGGUUAGUGGAAAUAAUGGGCUCUGCUAUACUCUUAUGCCUUUCGGGAUACUACAUUAUUAUGGAAUGGGAGAAUAGUAACUCGACAGCUAUGUUAACUAUGUCUGUGAUGCUUACGUCAUUCACUUUCUCCAUUUUUACUAAUUGCUACGUCGGUCAACGGUUGACAGAUCAGAGCAUCAAGUUUGGGUUAAUGACGUCUACGACGAGUUGGCAUCGUCUUAAGUACAAAAGAGCUCGUACUUUAAUCCUGAUAAUGGCAAUUUCCAACAUUCCGGCGAAAAUCUCAGCAGGCAGAAUUGUAGAAAUGUCUCUACCUACAUUCAGUAACAUCGUUAAAACAUCAAUGGCAUACUUUAAUCUGCUCCGAAAAUUCACAUAAUUGUGAUGAAAUAAUUUUAUC